AUCCUCCUCUCCUUCUUGUCUCGCCGAAAUUCCUCCUUCCGUAGCGGAGGCCGAUCCAAUACGAUUCGAACCGAUGGGCCGCACCGCCGCCGCCGGCGCGUUCCUCCUCUUCCUCCUCUUGCCGUUCUUGCUCGCCGAUUCCCGGUCUUUCUUCCCCAUCCGGCUUCCGUCCGAUCGCGAGGAUCAGGAGUUCAACGGCGACGAUGACGCCGUGGGGACGAGAUGGGCGGUCCUGAUCGCCGGAUCGUCCGGCUACGGGAACUACCGACAUCAGGCUGAUGUGUGUCAUGCAUAUCAAAUCAUGAAGAAAGGUGGAUUGAAAGAUGAGAAUAUCAUUGUUUUCAUGUAUGAUGAUAUUGCUCACAAUGAGGAAAAUCCUAGACGUGGUAUCAUAAUCAAUCACCCAGAGGGAGAGGACGUAUAUGCGGGAGUUCCAAAGGAUUACGUGGGAGACGAUGUUAACGUUAACAACUUUUUCGCUGUUCUCCUUGGAAACAAAACUGCUUUAACUGGAGGAAGUGGGAAAGUGCUUGAUAGCGGCCCUGAUGAUCAUAUCUUCAUAUUCUACUCUGAUCAUGGUGGACCUGGGGUUCUUGGAAUGCCCACCUACCCUUACCUUUAUGCUGAUGACUUGAUAGCUGUUUUGAAGAAAAAACAUGCUGCUGGGACCUAUAAAAGCAUGGUGUUCUAUCUUGAAGCUUGUGAAUCUGGGAGUAUAUUCGAGGGUCUUCUGCCAGCAGAUAUAAACAUUUAUGCAACCACAGCAUCAAAUGCCGUGGAGAGUAGUUGGGGAACUUACUGCCCUGGAGAGUACCCUAGCCCUCCCCCAGAGUACUAUACCUGUUUGGGAGACCUUUAUAGUGUUGCUUGGAUGGAAGACAGUGAGGUACACAAUUUGCGGACUGAAACUCUGAAGCAGCAGUAUCAACUGGUCAAAGCCAGGACUGCAGUUCAUAAUACAUAUUCUUUUGGUUCUCAUGUAAUGCAAUAUGGGGAUUUAGAUCUCAAUGCACACCAACUUUUCUUAUACAUGGGCUCAAAUCCUGCCAAUGAAAAUGCCACCUUCAUUGAUGAUAAUGCAUUGCCAUCAUUUUCUAGGGCUGUUAACCAACGGGAUGCGGAUCUACUUUAUUUCUGGCAUAAGUAUCGGAAAUCACCUGAAGGCUCCUCCAAGAAACUUGAAGCUCAGAAGCAAUUGCUUGAAGUGAUGUCUCAUAGAUUGCAUGUAGAUAGCAGUAUGGAGCUAAUCGGGAAGCUUCUCUUUGGUUCUGAGGAGGGCCCGAAAGUGCUGGGGACCGUUCGACCUGCAGGUCAGCCUUUAGUUGAUGACUGGGACUGCCUCAAGUCGAUGGUACGGACUUUUGAGACACACUGUGGAUCUCUAGCCCAAUAUGGCAUGAAACACAUGCGAUCCCUUGCAAACAUCUGCAAUACAGGCAUCAAGAAGGAGACAAUGGCUGAGGUGUCCGCUCAAGCUUGCUUCAGGGUUCCCUCCAACUCCUGGAGUUCUCUCCAUGGGGGUUUCAGUGCUUGAAGCAACCAUGUAAGAGUUGUGCUAUGUUAAUAUGUUUGGGACUUAAAUACAUAUGGAAGUUGCUCUGUUCUCCAGCGCUGUAAAUAGAAUUACCUGAAAAGCUGGAGAAAUCUCCAUGCACUAAUAUGCUCAAUCCAUGAAAUGGCCAUUUGUAAAUCAUUUAUGUACUAUUGGUGGGCGUUUACAAUUGGAGUUAUCUUGGUGUGAACAUUCUACUGAGUUCAUGGUGAACAUGAGAUCCGAGCAGUAAGCUCCUGAAACA